UCCCCGCAGCAUCCAAGAGCAGAGACGCGAGAGGCGCGCAGGGAGGAGGUGCCAACUCCAGCCGAGUCCGCUCUUUCGUUAAAGCAACAAGCGCCGCCGCCGCCGAACCUGCACAAACGUCCCGCAGGAGGAACCCAGCGCCAGUCUCUUUGCUGCCGCCCACCCGAGAAGGGAGUGCGAGGAGAGGCGGCGGAAAUCGCAACCGUUUGAAAGAGACCCUCCACCCUUUCCCGUCCGUGGGAGUGGAGAGAGCAACAGUGUGGGCGUGGGGGGCAGCCGCAGUAAGACCAGAAUGUCCGGGUGGGUGCUGAGCCUCUUCGCGCUGCUCUGCAGCUGGAGCCUGAGUGACUUGAUGGUGGAAGCGUGCACUUGCGUCCCCAUCCAUCCCCAGGAUGCUUUCUGCAAUUCUGACAUUGUUAUCCGAGCCAAAGUUGUGGGCAAGAAACUUAUGAAAGAUGGACCUUUUGGGACAAUGCGGUAUACUGUAAAACAGAUGAAGAUGUACAGGGGAUUUGACAAGAUGCCACAGGUUCAAUAUAUCUACACAGAGGCUUCCGAGAGUCUUUGUGGGGUCAAGCUUGAGGUCCACAAGCACCAGUAUAUAAUUACAGGCCGAGUAUACGAUGGAAAGGUUUACACUGGGCUGUGUAACCUAAAUGAAAAGUGGGAUCGACUGACCCUGUCCCAACGCAAAGGACUGAACCAUCGUUACCACCUAGGCUGUGGCUGCAAGAUUAAGCCCUGCUACUACCUUCCCUGCUUUGUGACCUCCAAGAAUGAGUGCCUGUGGACGGACAUGCUCUCCAGCUUUGGCCAGUCAGGGUACCAGUCAAAGCACUAUGCCUGCAUCAAGCAGAAGGAGGGCUACUGCAGCUGGUACAGAGGAUGGGCGCCUCCUGAUAAAACCAUCAUCAAUGCCACAGAUCCCUGAAAUCCCCCUCUUUCUUUCUUGUUCCUUCCUUCCCAUGUGGCUGAUCAUUCUUUGGACACUAACUCAUAUCAGAUCAUGAUGACAACCAUGAUAUUGGUGCCUGUUUCUUGCAGAUUUUAGCACUUGGAACUUUUUUUUAAAUUCUAUGCUGUCUUAACUGAUUUUUUGUUUUGUUUUGUUUUAAAUCACUUUUUUAAAAAAAUUGCUAUUACCCAUUUUGGUCAGAAGCUGUUUGUCUGGGAUUUUCUGUUUGCACACCAGAUAAACAAGGGAGCCUUUCCUCUAAGUUAUAUAUCACUAUCUAUAUAGCAAUAUAAUCUAUAUUUUUGUAGGAAAACAAAAAUCUCAAAAAUUUCCCAGUUGGGUAUUGUAUCAGAAUUCCACUCCUCCCUCUUGCUCCCUACAUUGCUUCUUCUCCCAUGCCUUUAGUCGUCAAGACUAUGUAAAUAAAACUUUUGGAAUGCAAAUUGGGGGUGGGGGCAGGAAGAGAAAAAUUUGAUGUCUGUACUGGAUGGAGCAGUAGGAGAAUUGAACUGCCAUGUGCAUUAGAAGCAUCACAUCAAAAUGCCUGUCACACUCCAAAUGUGAAUGCAGAAGCUCCAUGGCAGUUCUGGGUUUGCACAGAGCAUAAACAACAUUUUAAAGUCAACAGCAAUUAGGGGAGGCAAUCACUCUUCUAAACACAAAUGCAGAGAAAACGUGUUCAGAACCAAAUCAGCACUAGACAUUGUUGUGGUUUUGACCUGGUGGCAAAGCUGCCAUUUUAAGGUCUAUCAAACCCCAAGUUGAUGCAAACAUACCAACACAAAAAACACGGGGAAUCUUGGAGAAGGGUAUAAGGGAAGGAGAGGGUUGGAGGAAAGGGACAAAAGACACUUAAUUGGGGCUAUAAGCAUAAAUCAUCUGACAAAUGUUUUGUUGAACAGAAAUGUAUAUAGAUGUGAUGACAUAAGCUAUUUGCGACAGGACAUGGAAGUGUUCUAUGCUAUAUGCAACAAAAGGUUUGAUUAUUUUGUUUCAAAGGAGCAAUCUUCACAUUCCAAGUCACUGGCUACUAUUUUAUUUUUGUUUAAUUCUAAAGAUGUUGGAGCUCCAGUGUUUCUACCGUAGAGAUAAUAAUUUGUGUUUUUUCUUCAUGAGCUUCCCUCCCCUCCUUUCAGCCCCAAUAAGAGCCAAUUCACCUAAUCGGAGACUGAAGGGUCAUUACGUUUCCUCCCUUCAGUCAUUGUGUGAUAAAAUGGUCUUGUGAGAGUACCUCAGUGUGAUGAGAUUGCAAAAUAACUGAACACUCUGAGAAAACGUUAAGUUUUGGGGGCUUGUUAUAAGUGUGAUAAUUUACCAUCUACAAAAUAGGAGCCUUAUCAUAAGACCAUAUCAUCAUACGGAUACUUAGUGCUCCUUAGAAUUGGCCUAUAUCAGUAUGCCUAAUGAAAGCAGAAGAAUCCAGCAGACGAGAGGAUGGGUAGGGAAUAUGUAACCAUAUCCCACUCCAGAAGUACGGUAAUCCCUAAAGCUCUAGGUCUCAAUGAUCUUAGAAACAAUUUGGGGGAGGGUGUGGUGUAGUCCUCCAUCUGUGGUUUAGGCAGAGCUGUCAUCAUGGGCUAUGGGCUUGCUGUGCCUUCUGGCAAUAGGGACGGAGGAGCUGUCUGCCCACCUUCACUGUGGACUUGGUGAUUUGUUUGUUUUUAUUGUGAAAAACUAUAAUAUAAAAAUCUCUAAUAAAGUAAAAGUAUUUUACAUUUUAAUGUUGUCAAAGAGCAGGGUUAUGUUGGGUUGGGCAACUGUAUAUUUUGGUAAGGUUGUGGGCUGGGGUGAAGGGCUGACACUUAACACAAAGGCCCCCCCCACCUUUUUAUGAUAGUUAUUAUUUAUCUUAUAUUGCUAUAUAUCUUCAGUUCAUUCCAUGUAGAAAACAGAGCUGUCAUAAGCUGGAAAUUGCCCUGCGAUAAACAUAAGCAUGCACAUAACUACUACUACUACGCAUAAUUAUACACCGCUCUUCAACCAAAGUUAUCAAAGCGGUUUACAUAGAAAAAUAAAUAAUACAUAAAUAAGAUAAGGUGGAUCCUAGUCCCCAAAGGGCACACAAUCUAAAAAGAAACAUAAGGUAGACACCAGCAACAACCACUGGAGGAACGCUGUGCUGGGGUUGGAUAGGACCAGUUGCUCUCCCUCUGCUAAAUAUAAGAAUCACCAUUUUUGAAAGGUGUCUCUUUGCUCAGUUAGCAGGGGUAGCUGACUCCUUUAUUGAAAUGAAUGAAUAAACUCUUGUAGGCUGAAUUUACAAACUGCUGUGCUGGGAUUCAGGACUGCAAUCCUAUUACUUUCUCCUCAUGCACAGAACUUCCACUGAAGUUAAUGGGAGGUGGAGCUAGUCAACAAAGGAGAUCAUGAGCUAAACUUAUUCCUGACUGUACAAUCUCAAACUCCAGGUGGUGAGGGCAUUUGUGUUUGAAUGAUACCGCAUAAGGAAUGAUACCACAUCUGGAUUUGAUCUGUGUGCUGAUCUUUGAUUGUAAUAAACUGAAUUGAAUUGAGGAAAAAGUAAAAUCCCCACACAACAGAAUAUCAGUGCUUUGGGGAAGACAACUAAGCCAGAAUCCUCAUGCAGGAAGUUAUUCUAAUAUGGGGGAACAUUCAGCUAUACGACCCCCAGCUUGCAGUGGCACAGUGCAGUUUUAUCACAUGACUACUGUGUAUACGGGCCUCAUCUCAAGAUUACAUCCUUUGGGGCCAAAAACAAAGUGUGUGGGUGUGUGUGAUGGCAGAGCAUCCAAGGCAAGGAGGGAGAGAGUUUUAGUGAGUUCACCUAAUUUUUAGAAUUAAUGUGGGUCAUAGUGUUCCCAGUCUUGUACUGAUAUACAGAGAGAUGAUCUUUCCUUUAAGAUAAUUCUUUUAGAACCAUUAUUAGACAGGAGUUUCUGGCAUUUUCACAGAGCCAUUGAUGCUAGAAGGAAUAGAACAGGUAUUUAAAAAGAGCUAGAAGUACUGCAGCGGCAACCCUGAUGGUGCUUAAUCCUAAUCCAACUGAGAUCAAUGAAAUUAUUCUUAAAGCACAGUAUUAGAACUGAAUUAUAAUGGAUAGAAUUCCUCAAAGAAAAAGCUACCAGUCUCCUCACCUUAAGAGCUGGAAAGCUGCUCAACAGGUACUGAUAAUAGGGCUUCUUUUGGUGCAAAUGGCUAAAGAUCAGACAACUUUGGCCCAUUCUCUGCAUUACACAAAUAUGUACAUGUUAAAUGCUCUUCUGAACCUUUCAAAACCUCUGUGCAGAUGUGCCAUACAAGUCAUGAGUUGAGGACUGCAGCUGCAGGGAGCACACGUUUCAUUAAUAGCCAACAGGACACACAUUAUCUAGACUUGUUUCAAAUAGCUACCAAUUAAGUUGAUAAAUCAGAUCCUGAAAGUCACGAAGUCCCUUCUACUUUCCUUAAAAUCAAAUUGGAACUUGAAUUCGUCCUCUCUAUGAAGUCAUCUCCCUUUUGAAAUUGAUGCCAACUAAUCUAGCUUUGUGUUGCAGCAGGCCAAAUUCAAUGAAUUCAAAGUGGGGGCAGAAAAUCCCAGCUGUUUAGCAUCUCCAGCAACAGUGAUGAUUAAGCUGCAGUUUAUCAACUUGUGGAAUACUGUUGCUGGAGAUCAAUCUGGCCUGAUUUCAAACCUGGAAGGGUGAGAAGAGGAAGCAGCCUCUCAAUUACUGUGCUGUCAAAGAUGUUCAUCUGUGUUUCCACUGAAUGACAGCUCUGUGGAUUUGUAUUCUCUCCACUGACUGUAGACUUAAGAUCAUAGCCGAGACACCACAGUAUUGCAAUCAAGUGAUUGUGGACAUCUAUUUUAUUGCUAAGAUGAUACAUGUUCUUAUUCAGACUAUAAUAUAUCUCUGUGCUUUACAUAAAAUAGGCCACCCAUCCAACAAGCCUAUCCUUUUUUAUAUACACAGCUUUUCAUUUUGCAUUGCAGAAGGUAAGAGUUAUUGGGGGGCAUGCGACACAGCUAAGCAGGCAGGGGCAGAGGAGAGAAACCUUUCCCUUCCUGAAUAACGAAGCAGUCUGAUGGGUUUAAAAAACAUGGAAUCAAAUGGAGGGAUGUGAGUGAGGGGGAAGAACCCAGCAAAAAAUACAUUUCUUUUGGGAGACCUCCAUUUUUAUUUUUUAUUUUGCUAAUGAUUAUAUAUAUUUUGUUGAAAGUGUAUGAAAUGCUUUUAAGUUCAUUCCCUUCCACAACAAUUCCCAUUUUACAGGUUGCCAUGACAAGAGUGGGACUUGAACCAGGUAAGCCUGACACAAGUGCAACCCUCUAUCUACCACACUGGCACUCAGCCUCAAAGCCUAGUUUGCACUUGGUGUUUAGGCAUGAGCCAAACCUGUUGAAGUCAACUGGCACCUCUCCAUUGAGUCCAAGUGUUUUGAGAGAAAGGUUUUGACCAUUCAGGUCAAAGGAAGCUAAUCCAAUGCCUGUUUACUCAGAAGUGAAUCCCUCUGAAUUCAAUGGAACUUACUCCCAGGAAAGCAUCCACAAUGUUGCAGCCUUAAUCCACUUUCUUCUUCUUCUGAUUACCAACCCCUAACAGUUAUGGUAAUUCAUGAGUGGAGGGAACUCAGUCCGUGAGAAAAGUCCUCCCCAGAAGGAAUGUACUUUUUGCUAAGUUUGUAGCACUGUUUACAGUUUUCCUCCUUGUUUGUUAUUUAUAAAUUUUAUAUUCAUUGAAUGUAUAUUGUCUUUUAAGGUAAUAAUGUUCACUUUUUAUAGUGUCCUUUUAUUCUAAAACAAUAAAGUGUUAUUUCUAUCACA